CCCGCCACAAGUGUCCAUCACCUCCCCCAAAACACCCCCUCCUUUAAAAAAAUAUAAUCCUUUCAUUCAAUUGAACUUGGGCAAAGUUUUGUAAGAGGUGGAGAAAGGGGGGAAGGAGGGAUAAAAUCCAUGGGGGAGACUGGGCCGGCGCUCAGAGCCGAGCGAACACUUCUCUGAUGCUGGACACCGCGUUGGGAAGCCCCUUGCGGUCUUCUCCUCAUGACUCGUUGCAGCUGAAGCUUGCCUUUUGGACCUCCAAACUUGGCACCUGAGGAACCCCUUCAUCUCAUAGAAGAAGAGGAGAAGGAGUAAGAAGAAAGUGUUGGAGAAAGUGACCAAGUUGUUUUGCAUCGUGGAAAAACUCCCGUCAACUUCUACUCCACCUGAUUUGCUCUUCCACCUUCUUCCAGGAUCAAGAUGACAUCUUCAACCAAGGUAUACUACAGCCAGACAACUCAGACCGACAGCCGGCCCCUCAUUGGCUCUGCUCUGCGGAAGAGGCGGGUCAUGACCAAGGAUGGACGGAGCAAUGUCCGGAUGGAGCACAUCGCCGACAAGCGGUUCCUCUACCUGAAGGACCUGUGGACCACCUUCAUCGACAUGCAAUGGCGCUACAAGCUCCUCCUGUUUUCGGCCUCUUUCGCCGGGACUUGGUUCAUCUUUGGCGUCAUCUGGUACCUGGUGGCCGUCCUCCAUGGAGACCUUCUAGAGUUUGACCCUCCAGCCAACCACACGCCUUGCGUCAUGCAGGUCCACACCUUGACGGGGGCCUUCCUCUUCUCCCUGGAGUCCCAGACCACCAUUGGCUACGGCUUCCGCUACAUCAGUGAGGAGUGCCCCUUGGCCAUUGUCCUGCUCAUCAGCCAGCUGGUCCUCACCACCAUCAUGGAGAUCUUCAUCACCGGCACCUUCUUGGCCAAGAUCGCCCGGCCUAAAAAGCGAGCGGAGACCAUCAAGUUCAGCCAGAGCGCGGUGGUGGCCCAACACAACGGCAAGACCUGCUUGAUGAUCCGGGUGGCCAACAUGCGCAAGAGCCUCCUCAUCGGGUGCCAGGUGACCGGCAAGCUCCUCCAGACCUACCUCACCAAGGAAGGUGAGAACGUCCGGCUCAACCAGGUCAACGUGGACUUCCAGGUGGACACUUCAUCUGAUAGUCCUUUUCUGAUCCUACCAUUGACCUUCUACCAUGUUGUGAACGAACACAGCCCUUUCCGGGACCUGGCCCUGCGCACCGGAGAAGGCGACUUCGAGUUGGUGGUGAUCCUCAGCGGCACCGUGGAAUCCACCAGCGCCACCUGCCAAGUGCGGACCUCCUACCUCCCCGAGGAGAUCCUCUGGGGCUACGAGUUCACCCCCGUCAUCUCUCUCUCGGCCAGUGGGAAGUAUGUCGCUGAUUUUAGCCUCUUUGAACAAGUGGUCAAAGUCUCCCCGCCGUGUUGUCUCCACGAAACCGUCCGGUUCGGCGACCCCGAGAAGUUGAAACUUGAAGAAUCCUUUCGAGAGAAAGGCGAAGGCACGGCGUUGAGUGUCCGCAUCAGCAACGUUUGAUUCCUUGAAGGACUUGGCACAUCUUCAAAGUCUUUUGCUAGUUCCCAGAUUUCCUUCACGCCUCUCCUUUGUUGUGUUCCGUCCUUCCCGAAGAAUCCCUCCAGAAAACACAACCAGACUGAGAAAUCUUUAUAGGAAUGCAGUCGUUCCUUUCCCUCCCAACAAAGCAGCGCUCGGUUACUCCAGAACGAAAAGUCAUCCAACUGCUGGAAGUAUUUCUUUUAUAAUAUUAUGCAUGUAUGUUUUUAUAAAAUACACACAAAUCUGGAAAGCACCAGCUCAUCUGAUUCUGAAAGGCAGCUGAAUCCACACCAGCAAGGGAAAAGGGAAUUGUGUUGUCCGAACUGAGUUUUGGGAGUUCUUUGCCUUGGCGCUCUUACCACGAGUCUUGAUCCUAAGCCUGAAACAUUACUGAUGAUCAGUUGGAAAGAAAAGACCACUAAAGUGGAGGCCAAACCCUGUGAAUUACCAGAUUAAAACCUGCUUGUCUUUAAGGGUAAAGGGAAAAGUUUUCCCCUAAGUGCUGAGUUGGAAGUCCUGAUUUUGCAAACUUGUCUCAAACUUGGAUGCUAAAGAGAGGCUGGGUGAAUCCAAAACUUCCCCUUAAUCUUAAGUCUCAUCAUGUCCGACUCUGGGGCUUGGUGCUCAUCUCUAAGUCGAAGAGCCAGUGUUGUCCGUAGACACCUCCAACGUCAUGUGGCUAGCAUGACUGCAUGGAACGCCAUUACCUUCCCGCCAGAGUGGUACCUAUUGAUCUAUUGCAUGUUUUCAAAGUACUAGGUUGGCAGAAGCUGGGGCUAACAGCGGGAGCUCACUCUGCUCUUUUUUUAUUUUGAACCGCCAACCUUUCUGUCAGCAAGUUCAGCAGCACAGCAGU